UCUGUCAUGUAUAAUCUAACCUCACUUUUGCUUGUCAACAGUUUUUAAUUCUUGUAAAAUGCCUCCGAAAGAAUUAAACCCAACUGAAAAGAAAAUUUUCGAAGCAAUCGAAAAAAAUGAUAUUCCUUUACUAAGAACAUUACUAACGGAAGUGAAGGAUGUGAACAUUUUUGAUGAAAACUUGAUGACUCCACUUCAACAUGCCGCUUAUAAGGGCAAUAAAGAAGUUGUACAAUUACUUCUUGAUCAGGGUGCUGAUCCGAAUAUUUGCGAACACGAACAUUCUUACACUGCUUUGCAUUUUGGGGGGUUAUCAGGAAAUGUAGAUGUAUGUAAUUUGUUGUUACUAGCUGGUGCAAAAUCUACAUCUGUGAAUACAGUUGGAAGAACAGCAGCACAAAUGGCUGGUUUUGUUGGUAAUCACAGUUGUGUUAUAGUUAUCAACAAUUUUAUUCCAAAAAAAGAUGUUGAAUAUUAUUCGAUUAUACAAGGCCAACAAACUAAGCCUUAUCUACCACCUUUCUUAUGUGAAGGUUUUCAUAAAUUUAUUAGUACUGUUAAUAUUCACCCUGUUAGGUUAGCGUUAAACAUCCAAGGAAUUCCUGGAUUGUUAGAUCAUAUGGAUGAAAUAAAAAACGUUUUAGAGAUGAUGUGCAAAAAGCAAAUGAAAGGAAGGGAAUCAAAUGAAGUUAUGGCGAUGAAAUUUCAUUAUCUUGGUUUCAUGGUUGACUCAUUAUCGAAAAUUCGAAAAAAUCGUAAAGAAGAUGAUGAUAAAAAGUUUGAUGUUAUCGAAUUAUUUUCAAAGAAAAUUCUAAAACCAGGCAAAGAUAAUUAUUUGGACUUUAUGGACGGUUUUAUUAGGGAAGCUGUUAGAGAGUUUCCAUUCACAGAUUGUACUUUGUUUAGACAAAUUGUUACUAGUUUGGCUGGUAAAGAUCCCCCACCAGCUCUUAACGUUUUAACAGCAGCUAUUAAUGGUCACAGAGGAUUUGUUGAUAACAUCUCCGUUUGUCAUACUUGUGGAGAAGAAAAACCCAGUAAAAAAUGUUCGAAAUGUAAAGCAAUUCAAUAUUGCGAUCGAAAUUGUCAAAGAUUAGAUUGGUUUGUCCAUAAGAAAGCUUGUGCUAGAUUAAGCCAAGGUAUAAAUGAGAUAGAAACAAAACCGGAUGCUACAGAUAUAUCAAAUGAAAUCCAAAACUUGCUUAUUAAUAAUUAAUAUUCUCAUUAUUAAAAUGAAUAUUGAAUUGAGUGGAAUAGUUGGAAGUAAUCCUUGAACAUAAUUUUAUGUAAUGUGUUUAAUAUUAAUGUGGUGUAAUUGUACAAAAAAUUAAUUGAAUUUGAUGU